AUGGAGCCGUUUCUGGGGUCGUGGCAGUUGGAAACGAGCGAGAAUUUCGACAAUGUGCUGAAAGAACUCGGAGUGGGCUUCCUCACACGCCAAGUCUACAGAAUCUCAAAACCCACCUUUACUGUUUCCAGGCUUGAAGGUUGUAAGUACAAAAUGCGGUCGGAAAGCACCUUCAAGACGACCGAGUUUGAAUUUAAGUUGGGUGAGGAGUUCGAGGAGGAAACUCCAGACGGCAGGACUGUCAAAUCCACCAUCACGAUUAAAGGCGGCACUCUGAAACAGGUUCAGGUUGGCGAGAAAACCACUUAUAUCGAUCGUGUCGUUGAGGGCAACCAACUGAAAACGGUAAGUCAUCUCCAUCCCAAUUUUCAUCAUCCGCCUGCCUUCUCGUGUUUGCAAACGCCUUUCUUUAUUUCCGUGCAGGUCGUUCAGGUUGGUGAUGUCGUGAGCACGCGAAUCUACGUGAAGAUCUAA